AUGACCAUAUAUUGUGCAGAAGCUAAUACACGGGACUCUUCUAAACGAACCUACCAGGCUGCAAUGGGUUCCCUAAUUCAGGAUGCCAUUUCGCUCGAUAAGCGGCGGAAAUUGUUGUUUUCCAAUCUCUAUUCGCACAUUGACUCACUUCGGAAGGUUGUAGAGGAUGCCGUCGUUACUCUCUCGGAUGUGGACAGCGUUGACAAGCUUGCAGAAGAAUCCACGCUGACGUCGACACAUACAGCUGUUGACAACGCUUCGGGUGAGCCUUCAGCGUCAGUUGUUAACAAUGUCACUGCCAACCAUGAAGGCUCCUCUGCGAAGCCUACCGAGUCAUGCGCGGAUAAGGGACAGCACGAUGUCGGAUACCGCUCCACUCUUGCAGACCUAUCUAAGGCGGUGAAAUCCCUAGAUGUGCACAGGAUUGGAAAUAAGAGCACCAAAGAAUUUAAAAACCAGUACCUGAAGUUUGGAAAGGAUUUGUUCAAGUCUGGCCAUGGGGGAGAUAACGAAGUUCUCCCACUGAUGGACUUCGACGAUCAGUUGGUCAUUCAGAUGAUCGGCAUGCACUUCCUGCAUUACGGUAUGUUUGACGUGUAUGAAGGGCUGAAGGCAGAGGCGGCUGAACGUUGGGGAGCAGACUCCCGAGCCAAGGUCUCGGGGGCUGUAGUUAGCGCCUAUCGCAUCCUGCACGAUAUGCUGGCGAAACUUCGCAGCAAUGACAUCAAUCCCCUGAUAGAUUGGGUGAAACUGCAGAUGGCGGAGUCUCACCUCCACGCGGAUCGUUUCAACGCCCUGCUGCUGAAUUUGUACAAGGUUCAGCUGCUGGGCGACCUCUAUGUCUUCCGAGAUGGAGAAAUGCACCAUCAGGACUUCUACCUGACUCCGGAGCGCAUCUUAAAGGUGAAGGCAAGCGGUUUAUCGCAGAUGUGGAAGUCUCACAAUGCCAAUAUUGGAAAGCUGCUCACGCAGGUUCUGUUGGGCCAAAACCUGCCCAGCGCCGCAGAGUUUUUGCGGUUGAGGUUCGAUGCCGAAAAAUUGUUCGUUAGGAUUUUUUGUGAGAGCGGGGUGAGAAUCAAGAAGCAACAACCAAUAACUACAACUGCCUCAGAUACCAGCAAACGGGCCAGAUGCGAGGGCCGAGGGAGGGAACGUAAUCAUGGCAAGGAAACCACCGAAGACAAAAGCAAAGUGGACGUUGCUGCUAACCAUCCUGCUGAGGUAGAGUUGGACCCCGAUGACUACCUCGUACGGAAGAAGUUACCCCCAGAAGUAAAGAAGGUGGCUGCUUCGGCUUCAUGGCUAGGCAUCCUGGAGGCGCGUUGCACCUCGUCAGGCAAUUCGAGCAAUCGCGAAUCAGUGUCUCAACAACCGGAACGCGCCGGUAGGUGCCUGUAUAAGGGUUGGAUGCAGCGUCUUGAGGGCGAGGAGUUGCCUAGGCGUUGCCCUAGGGUGCCUUUUUCGCGUCUUCGGUCCCCGGCGCUCUCCCAGAGCACGGAUAUCAAGGACGCCAAAAUGGAACUGCUGGGCCGCAAAACUUCCAGGCGGCAGUUCUAUUUCACGGAAACCAUAGAUGCCAUGAACAGCGACCCUGAAACCGUUUGCCGCCAGCUCAUCCCAAACCGACCGUUGAAGUUGGACUCGAAUACCGUUGUGCACGAUGAGAGCGAUGCAACCGAAAAUCACGACGAUUGCCACAUGUCGAGUGACGAAGGUGAGACUGAAGAUGAUUCGUUCCUAAACGUCUCCCACCUCAGCCAGCUAGCGUUGCUGGCGGAGUACCCCUUGUUCAUGCAACGCGGUCUGACACCGCAAUCCGCGCAAGAGUUCAACUUGGGAUCCUCACCGGACGAUCCGCACCAGACGUUAUCGCUGACUGUUUUCGCCGGACCACCCGUCGUACCCGAGGAGCCUCCUCCUCCGCAACCCGCGGAAAACGAUUCCUCUUCCGGCGGAGUCUCUGGGAGGCGCAUUCGCAUAACGUUCCCCACUCGUUCGGAUGUUGCCGAUCUGCUGCCCUCUCAAGGACGCCGAAGUGCGUUCCGAGGGUUGCGCAGCAGCGCCGAAGAGACGGAGCCGACAUCUCCCGGUACCGGCAGCAGCUCAACGUCACGCGUGGAAGGUGAGAGACCCACAGCUCCGCGUGAGCCCACCAACAUAAACGUGAGGGGCAUUCUGCGCAUGAUAAUGCGCGGCAUCGCAGGUGACUCUUCCAACAACGCGGAUACAGUGGUGCAACUGUCACCUAAUAUGGGGGGAGUGCUUCCUAGCUCUGGAGUCCGGAAUGAAAACGUGGCCACAACGCGCCCGGCCGUCGCAACAACUCAGCCGGCGGCACCCCGUCCCAAGCAGGGCAGUUUCAGGACGGCAUACGAGCGUGAAGACACGGACGACUACGUACGCGUCUUCCUGCCAUAUGAGAGGUGUGUUUGGUCGCGCAAAAUAUCACGUUCCCCGCAGCCCGAUCUCAGUGCUGGUCUGUGCCGGCUACCUGCUGCAUCCGCGCCUGGUCGACAUGGUGGACAUACCGCACAUGAACAAGCAGGUGUCGUCGGAACUAGGCUCAUGGAUGCGCUCGUGCAAGCAGCUGCCCAUAGAGUCGGACCUGGGCCCGGCGUUCUGCUUCCACAGCUACCUAACGUGCCCUAUUUCCAAGGACCAGACCUGCAGCCGGAACCUCCCGGUGAAGCUGAUGUGCGGGCACGUGAUUUGCAGCAUCUGCGCUGA